ACAACUGAGCCUACCUUUCUUGAAACCAUGAGCUUUUAUAACAACUCCCAUGGUGGCCAGGGCUAUGCCAAAGGAGGCCUGGGCUGCAGCUAUGGCUGUGGUCAUAGUGGCUGUGGCUAUGCCUGCUACUGCCCAUGGUGCUAUGAAAGAUCUUGGUUUUCUGGCUGUUUCUGAGAAAUUCAACGGUGCGGAUCUGUUUAGGCCAUUGUUUUAUAAGCUAUGUUUUCUUCCCAUGUUAUUAUAAUAACGAUAUUUUUUCUGUUCAAAGAGUGACAACUAAAAUUUAGCUCACAUUGCCA